UCCACACAUUAUUUGAAACCGUAAACCUGCAUUUACAAUGUAAGUAAACCACCGGAUAGGUCCAGACAUUUUUUUUUCAAGAGAUCUUCACUCUCUCACCCUCCACAGUCCAAGCGGCGGAUCAGAGGUAAAAAAAAAAAAAAAAAAAAUCCCAAGGCUACCAAGAUGCAAGCUGCGGGCGUGUACGCAUGCGCCAGAGAAAACAAACACGGAAGUGGCUCACGCAUACGAGCGAUCGCCCUCUCUCCGGCGGGUCUACGUCGACGCAUGCAGACAAAAGCCCGUGUGUAAACAGAGAGGCAGCCCACGCCGAGCCUCGGAGGUGUCUGUCUGCCGUGUGACUGCUGCAAAUGUCUUGAACAUGGCAGCGACCGUCCGGACAGCAGCAUGGACUGUGUGCCUCUGGAGUGUUUUCAUGUGUUUCUGUCGCACCACAGGUCUCGGGGUCAAUGAACUGCUGUAUUUCCGUGUCAUCAGCCCAGAGGAGAUAGGGUACAUCUUCAGUGCAGCCCCUGCUAAAGACUUUGGAGGAGAUUUUACUUCGUCCUAUGAUGAGAUCUUACUUGUGCCGGCCGAGCCAGCGGACGGCUGCUCGGAGCUGAAGGACAAAGAAAUCAUCAAGGGACAAGUCAUCCUGGUGGAAAGAGGGUCCUGUUCCUUCGUCCAAAAGGCUCGCCAAGUGGAGGAGGCAGGAGGCAAAGCCGUACUGAUUGCAGAUAACGCUGUUGAUAAUGACAGUCAGUAUCUCGAUAUGAUCACCGAUGGGAGCACUGCCAAACCAAGCAUUCCUGCACUAUUCCUCCUGGGACGAGAUGGGCUGAUGAUUAGACGGUCUCUGCAGAGGCAAGCGCUGCCAUGGGCUGUUAUUUCCAUUCCUGUCAAUGUGUCUUCUUUGGCCUCCUUCCCCCUAAAGCAACCCCCAUGGACACUGUGGUAGAGUUGACACACACCUACAACUGUACCCACAUCCUCACUUGAAUUCUCAUUUCAUGCAGCUACAUACACACCCUGUCCGUAGUGAAUAAACACACGGCUUCACACAGACCUCUUUGGUGAUGCUUUAACACAAGAAUACUGACUGAGCCAACAAAACAAACAGUAGGCACAUGCAUUAAAGCACACACACACUCACACACACACACACAUACAUACGCAGGCACAUGGGCUUGGAGCAAUGCACUUUGACACGCGUGUUUAAACAGACUUUUUGAUAAAGCCUGUUUCGUCCACCAGCUUCUUUAUAUUCUCGUCACUGCCGGACGAACUCUUCAGAAAUUACCUUCACUCAUUAUCAGUUCUCUGGCAGAAGCUGAUUGAACUGGUCAGUUGUUUUGAGGAUUAAGAGGGUUUAUCUUUGAUUAGAGGGGCAGACUCCAGGAGUUUCCAUGCAGAUGUGCUGGUUGGUUCCAAAUGAGGGAUACACAGAGAUACACCAACACACACACACCUGAAGUGCAUCAUUCUUCUGUCCUCCUUUUAUUGGUAGCUGGAGUACAUGGUAAAGUGAAAAUAACAGCAUGAAGUGCUGAAACCACAUUGUUUUAAUGAUUUAUUUCCAUUCUCUUCCACUAAAAGUAUCUGGAUCUUUGAAACACUAAGAGCAACAGUCACCAAACUUCACAUAUAGGUAAAAAAUCUCACCCGCUACUCAGGCAACGAAAUUAUGCCAGUUAGGCCACAGUGUUGCUUUAGUAAAA